CUAUCAUCGUUAUGGCCCGGCCGCUACGCCUUUCAGGAAUUAUCCUUGCAAAUGCCUCAUUAGAUAUUCAGAGCUCAAAUGAUUCUUGAUUUCAGCUUGUAAAUGUUGGUGGAAUAGUUGAUUAAAAUGUUGUUGAGUGGGCAAACGCUAUGCAAACGAUUCGCUUUAGCCGGGUUUGGAGUAAAGGGAUCCGGGAAUGGAUAGGUCGUAAGAGGUUGUCAAUCAUAAUGAGAGCUCCGUGCUGAUUGGCCGGCCGCGGCGAGGGUGGGACCAAUGGGCGGCGAGUUGGGAGAAAGGGGUGGAGCCUACCGCUCGGUGUCGCCCUCUUGAAGAUCCGUAUUUACAAGAUUAUAUACUGUUUGUGAAUUAUACAAGAUUUAUUGGUGUGUUGACCCAAGGGCGCCCUGAUGGGGCGUGGGCGGCGGAGCGAGGCCAGGUGGCGUCCACAGGCACGGCAGGAGGGGCGGGAGGGGGCAGGCCCGUCGGCGCUGGGCCCGCCCCUGCUUGCCCACCCAAAAUGGCUAAUAAUGGCGGGCCGAGCGGAGGGACGAUUAGCCGAAGUGCGGGUGCGUGUGGCCCGCGCCUCGGCGCAGGACCGUUGCGGACCGGGCCGUCGCGCCCGCAAUAAGGCCGGAUCACUGGCCCACCUGAGCCACUCGGGGCCCGAACCCCCGCCCGCCACGGCUCAUCUCGCGCCCACCACCCGCACGCCGCCCCCGCGCCAGUUGACCGCCGCCACCCCCCGCGCGCACCACGCCAUGCCGCGGGCGCACUAACUCGCGCCGCCGCCACCGCCGCCGCCACCACCACUGGAGUGUCGCUCAGUGGGGAGUCAGCGGCCGCCGCCAUGAACCUGCUGCACCCUGACCGCGGCGCGCUAUACGCCAACAUGCUGGGCACCAUGGGCGGCGCCUCCGCCUCGCUGCCGCAGCGCUCGCCCUUCGCCAUUCAGGAGCUGCUGGGCCUGGGCUCCUCCGAGGGGCACCGCUCCCCGCCCAGCCUCACCUCGGGGGGCCUGCCGCACACCAUCACGCCGUCAGCGCUGGGCACGUCCCUGGGCACCUCUGCCUAUACAGCCGCACGCACCCUCGCCUCGCAGGCCUCGCAGCUUCUGGAGCCCCUGGGCGUGGGCGCAGGGGCGGGCAUGGGUGCGGGCAUGCGGAGCUACUUCGGACAGUUCAAUCCUUUCAACCAUGCCCCGCCUCAGAUGCUGGCCCUGGACCCCGCCCUCAGGCACGACUCCCACCACCAGGGCCACACCCACUCAGGUUUCAGCUCUGAGUCGCUGCUGGGGAAGCCGACAGAUCAGUCAGGCUUGGGAAUGUCUCGGAAGAAGAAGAAAAAGAGACGCCACAGGACUAUCUUCACGUCCUACCAGUUGGAGGAGUUGGAGAAAGCCUUCAAGGACGCCCACUACCCCGAUGUCUACGCCCGGGAGAUGCUGUCCCUCAAACUGGACCUACCUGAGGACCGGAUACAGGUGUGGUUCCAGAACCGUCGAGCGAAGUGGCGUAAGACGGAGAAGACGUGGGGCAAGAGCACCAUCAUGGCGGAGUACGGCCUGUACGGCGCCAUGGUGCGACACUCCCUGCCGCUGCCGGAGUCCAUCGUCAAGUCCGUGGAGGCGGGCGAGGAGUGUCCGGCGCCCUGGCUCCUAGGUAUGGGUCAGAGUCCAGGGAUGCACCGGAAGAGCAUAGAGGCGGCGCAGCAGCUGCAGAAGGUGGAGGACGAGAAGGAUCCGGAGAAAAGCGGGGAUGGCCACGACGACAAGCGUGACCUGAACAGCGGAGACACAAGUGGGGAGGGGAGCGGCGGAGGAGGAACGACGGGGACGAACUCUGAGGAAGGAGGUGGAGAAGGUGGAGGAGGCGGGGGAAGAGAAGAAGAAGGAGGGGGAGGAGGAGGAGGAGGAGGUGGAGGAGAAGGAGGAGGAGGAGGAGGAGGAAGAGGAGGAGAAGAAGGAGAGUGUGCAAGAGGUAUAGAGGGGGAGGGCGGGAGAGGAGAAGGUGGCAGUGGAGGUGGAGGUAGCAGUGCAGGUGGUGGAGGCAAUGGUAGCAGUAGUGGUGGCAGGAUAAAAGGAGAGAGAAGCGGAGAUCUGAGUGACAUGGACGACGGCUGCGGUGACCUGAGCGAAGACGAGGGAAGCAGGGAGGGCGAGGCGGUGGAGAGCAAGAUCCACCUGCCCACCGACGACUUCAGGUCCAGCAGCAUCGCCGCCCUCAGACAACGGGCACAGGAGCACAGCGCGAUGUUACUGCAGAGCAUGAGUCCACACGAGGCUCUCAGCCACGCUCACGCCCACGCCCACGCUCUCCACCAGCAGCAGCAGCAUCUUCAACACCAGCAGCAGCAGCAGCAACAGCAGGAACAGGAGUCCUCACAACGACAGGUCCCUCCGCUCCACGCGUUAGGGGCGGCGCUCCCCCCCACGCCCCAUCGCUCCCACCACCUUCACCAGGCUCUCUUCUAAGAUGGAGAGCUGGCCCGUGACUCCCUGUGAUUCCCACCGGUGACUCCUCCCUGCCACGCCCUCAUCACACUUUCACAUCCUCGCCUCAGCCCGCCGAAGACCAUCCUAGCCCAUCAUCCCCGCCGCAACCCACCACUGGCUCUUCACCCCUGGCCCGUCACCCCUGCCGCGUCACCCCCGCCGCAGCAUCAGUCACUCAGCCAAGUCCCACUCAAUCAUUCUCUUCAUAGCCGACUGAAAUUAGAGUAAAAUGACAAUGAGAUCUUCCAAAGUCACCAUUUUUUUUUUUUUUUUUUUUUUUUAUAAUGUAACCCUUUUUGUCCUCUUCCGUCUCGUGUCUAUUCUCUGUCUCGUCUAUUGAAUAUUUAUGUUUUUUUCUAUGAUUUUAGUAUUUUAGUAUUUUAGUAUCUGAUUUUUCUUUCUUUUUUUUUUCUCUAUUCCUCCUUCAGGUCUCUUUCUGUAUAUUGUUUAUUCUUUAUAUAUAUUUUUUUUUAUACUUUCACCAUUUUUUCUUUCCUUCUUUCUUCCUGUCUCUUUUAUUUAAUUGGUCUGUUGAAUAUUAUGUUUUUUUUUUUUUUUUGUAUAAUCUCACUUUUUUCUAUCUCUCUUUCUCCUUCCAGUCUCUUUUUCUCAAUUUUUUUCUCUUGAGUAUUUAUAUAUAUUUAUUUUUUUCUAUAUUUUCCUGUUUGAUUUCUUUGAUGUCUGAAAGCAAGGCAAUAUUGUAUGUCCUGUUAAUCAGAUGAAAAGAGAUGCAUUUUCUAGUCUUAUUUUUCAUCAUCGAGCAUCAAAAUGUAUCGUUAUUAAACCUCACAAUGCAUUAUACUUUUUUUUUUUAUUUACUCAUUUUGUGUCAAGCAGUUCCUAAUCGUAUAGCAAAAUACGUUUCAUCUCUUCUCUCUCUCUCUCUUUUUUUAUUUUUCUUUAUCAUUUUUGUAUCUCAUAACUUUCUCGAUCAAAAACUUUCCUCCAUUAUUCUCUUUUUAAAUGUGUCUUCAUAUUUUGACUCGUACGUUUCUAUCUCAUUUUUAACCUAAUUUCUCUCCUCCCUUUCGCAUCUUCCUUCCGUUCCUUGUCUGUUUAUUUCUCUCUCUCUCUGAGCCUCAACCUCCCAUUCCCUCGUAUUCUCGCUCCCUUUUCCUUCACCUGUUUUGAGACUCUUAUUAUUAUUAUUAUUAUUAUUAUUAUUAUUAUUAUU